AGUUGUGUUCAAAAAAAAAAUAAUAAAACAAACAGAGACAUUUUCGCCGCACAGAAGUGUUCCAGGAAAUCGGCUGGGAAUCGCACCGGAGGAUUUGCUUUAUGUGGCUGGCGACGUCUUGUUCAUGUGACCAUGUCUGCGUGGAUGACAGCAGUAACUCUUGGUUUGGUGGCUCAGUGCCUGGCUCAGCGCUCAGAGCCCAUGUUUGUAUCUGUCACUCAGAGUGUGCUGCCCCCUGACUAUGAGAACAACCCCACUCAGCUGAAUUAUGGCAUGGCUGUCACUGAUGUGGAUGGCGAUGGGGACCUGGAAAUAUUUGUGGCUGGAUACAAUGGCCCGAACCUGGUGCUGAAGUAUGAUAAAGCAAAGAAGAGGUUAAUAAACAUUGCUGUAGACAACCGCAGUUCGCCGUACUAUGCUCUCAGAGACCGACAGGGGAAUGCAAUUGGAGUCACAGCAUGUGACAUAGAUGGUGAUGGGAGGGAGGAGAUCUACGUUCUCAACUCUAACAAUGCUUUCUCUGGUCGUGCAACAUACACUGAUAAGCUCUUCAAGUUUCGCAACGGACGUUUUGAGGAUCUCCUAAACGAUGAGAUAAAUGAACAGAGAGAUGUGGCAAAUCGAAUGGCAGGUCGUUCUGUAGCUUGUGUGGAUAGAAAGGGAACAGGGCGCUAUGCAAUCUACAUUGCCAACUACGCCAGCGGGAACGUGGGGCCGCAUGCGCUGAUUGAAAUGGAUGAAAGUGCCAGCGACCUGUCCAUGGGGAUUAUUGCGCUGUCCAACGUGGCAGAGCAGGCUGGAGUCAACAAGUUUACGGGAGGACGUGGGGUCGUGGUGGGGCCCAUACUCAGCCAGACCCUUCCUGAUAUAUUCUGUGACAACGAAUACAGCCCCAACUUUCUGUUCCGCAACAACGGAGAUGGGACGUUUACAGAUGUGGCUGCGCAAGCAGGAGUUGAGGACCCAAUGCAGCAUGGCCGUGGAGUAGCUCUAGCUGAUUUUAAUCGGGAUGGAAAGACGGACAUUGUGUACGGCAACUGGAAUGGGCCACAUCGUCUAUUCCUGCAAUUAAACAAUAACCGCAAACACAGAUUCAAGGACAUCGCCACGCAGAAGUUUUCCAUGCCAUCUCCAGUGCGCACGGUCAUCGUAGCAGACUUUGACAGUGACAAUGAGCUGGAGGUCUUUUUCAACAACAUUGCAUAUAGAGGAUCAUCAGCCAACAGACUUUUUAGGGUUUCUCGAAGAGAAAAUUCAGACCCACAUAUAGAGGAACUAAACAUUGGCGAAGCAGCAGAACCAGAAGGGAGAGGAACAGGAGCUACUGUGACUGAUUUUGAUGGAGAUGGGCAGUUAGAUCUGCUGGUAACGCAUGGCGAGAGUGCAGCACAGCCUAUCUCUGUGUACCGAGUGAACCAAGGAUCAUCUAACAGAUGGCUCCGUGUGAUUCCACGCACUCAGUUUGGGGCUUUUGCUCGAGGAGCCAAAGUGGUUGUGUACACUAAAAGAAAUGGUGUUCACACACGUAUCAUCGAUGGAGGCUCCGGAUACCUGUGUGAAAUGGAACCUGUAGCUCACUUUGGACUUGGGAAAGACGUGGCCACCAAUGUGGAGGUGUACUGGCCAGAUGGACGCUCUAUGGCCAAACCAUUGGAGCCCAGUGACCUGAACACGGUUAUGGAGAUCAACUAUCCAACAUCUGAGGAGGAAGCGACCCCAGCAGUCGAAAUUGAGUGUGGACAUGGAUUAUUUGUUAGUGAGAAUGGCCGUUGCACUGAUCAGGAUGAGUGUACACAAUUUCCCUCUGUGUGUCCUCGUGAGCGUCCUGUCUGUACCAAUACAUACGGGAGCUUCAAGUGCCGCUCGAAGAAGAAGUGUAACCAGGGCUAUGAGUCCAACGAUGAAGGAUCAGCCUGUGUGGCUCAAGUUGCAUAUUUUGAGGAAAACAGAUCUUCUGCUUUCAAACAGUGGCCUUCUCACUUCUGGUUACUGUCUCUACUUCUGCUUACUCUGCUCACUAUCUGACCCGCUGAUGGCUCUCUUCUUCCAAGUCAUCAUCAUUACAUCUCCUCUGCUGUGCAUUUUCUCUCCUGUAUAUUGGGAGUUGACUGUAAACUGAACUCUCUGUGGACUCCCAGCUCUCACCGUGACCCCUGCUGUGUCUCAUUUUCUGCUCUAAUACUUGUAGAAUAGACACUGUGCAUGCCCACAUGAACUUACAGGAGUUUUAAAGAAGAAAGCAUUUUAAAAAGAGUUCAAGAAAA